AUGCCGCCCAAGAAAGGAGGUGAUCAGCCGAAGAAGACGAGGGCUACCGUGGAAGAUAAGACCUUUGGCAUGAAAAAUAAAAAAGGAGGUAGCGCAAAGAAACAAAUAGCUCAGCUUCAAGCGCAAGCCCAAUCAAACAAGAAUGCGGACGAAAAAAGGAAAGAAGCCCAACGGCAGCAGCGCGAGAAGGAUAAGGCAGCCGCAGAGCAAGCUAAGCGCGAAGCUGCAGAACUCUUCAAGCCUGUGCAAGUCCAGAAGGUCCCAUUUGGCGUCGACCCCAAAACUGUCCUCUGCGUCUUCUUCAAGAAGGGCAGUUGUGAGAAGGGCAAACGAUGCAAGUUCAGCCAUGACCCAGCUGUGGAGCGAAAGGCACAGAAGAAAGAUCUGUAUUCCGAUAGUAGAGAUGCGGAAGAGGACAAGAAGCAGGAUUUGAUGGAUAAUUGGGACGAAGAGAAGCUGCGCAAGGUCGUGUUGAGCAAACAUGGUAACCCCAAGACGACGACGGAGAAGGUCUGCAAGUACUUUAUCGAGGCUGUCGAGAAUCAGAAAUAUGGUUGGUUUUGGAUUUGUCCUAAUGGCGGUGAUAAGUGCAUGUACAAACACAGUCUGCCACCUGGAUUCGUGCUUAAAACCAAAGAGCAAAGAGCCGCUGAAAAGGCUCUCAUGGACAAGUCCCCCCUGAAUACUCUCACUCUGGAAGAUUUCCUGGAGUCCGAACGCCAUAAGCUCACAGGCAACCUCACACCGGUCACCCCAGAAACAUUCGCGAAGUGGAAGAAAGAACGUCUCGACAAGAAGGCUGCAGAGGAAGAGGCCCGCAAAGCUAAGGAUGCCAGUGGUCGUGCCAUGUUUGAAAGCGGUGACUGGCAGGCCUCCGAAAGUGAAGAUGAUGAUGACGAUGGAGAUGACGACGGAGAUGAAUGGAAUAUGGAAUCGUUGCGCAGAGAGACCGAACGCCUACGAGAUCAAUCAGAGGAGGAGCGAAUUGCAAAACUCCAUGGAUCUUCUUCGGCUCUUACGAACGGUGCCGAUUCAGAAAACCAGCCAACUCCGGUUGAUGGAGCUGGAUAA